AUGAGAAUGCUGGCCUGGCUGACACUGGGAUGCGGCCUGUCCAUUGUGACUGCCUCAGCACCAUCGGGCCCAUGGGACGACUUCAAUUACGCACCUUCGACGCGCACUGUUUCCCCCAUAGCGAUAUACAAAUACGAGGGCAAUGUCCAAAAUCCUGAGGGCCUACUCGGAUCCGAUGCCCAGUCUGCUACGCUCAACGGCGCAGGGGCGUGGAUAGCGGUGGACUUCGGAAAGGAGGUCGGCGGCGUCAUUUCGGUCAACAUAGACUCUGAAGCCUCCAGCGACGCGUCGCUCGCUCUGACCUUCACCGAGUCGCCGCUCUUCGUCAACCCGCUUCUCUCUGACGACUCGUCGAUAUCCGCGCCGAACAUGUCGGUGGACGGGGCGCUCUCCGUCUCGGGACCUCUCGCGGAGGGUCUCUGGACUCAGCCGGUCGCGUCUCAGCGAGGUGGUUUCCGCUACUUGACGAUCUCGCUGACAACCGGCGAGACCGUGGCACUUUCGAACGUCUCCUGCGCGAUCACCUUCAUGCCUCACGUCGAGGACCUGCGCGAUUACUCCGGGUACUUCUACGCGCCUGAUCCCGAGGGAGAAGACGAAGACUUGCUGACGAAGAUCUGGUAUUCGGGCGCGUACACGAUCCAGACAAAUAUAAUAGCAGCGGAUGAGGGAAGAGUUCAAGUUUACGGUGGAGGAUGGCGUAACAAUGGAACAAUCGCCUCCGCGAGCCCUGUCAUAGUCGACGGCGCGAAGCGAGACCGGACCGUAUGGCCAGGCGAUAUGGGCAUCGCUGGACCCGCAGCGUUCGUAGCGCUGAACGACCUCGUAUCCGUACGCAACAGUCUUGACGAGAUAUUUUCCCUGCAAGACUCAUCCUCGGGCGGACUACCGUGCUCGGGUCCUCUCAUCAGUUGUGCUGUCGGGAGGAGCGAUACCUACCACGCUUGGUCCCUCGUUGGCGCAUAUAACUGCUGGCUACAUUCCGGUGAUACGGACUGGAUGGUGGCGAAGUGGGAUCAGUAUCAGUUGGGAAUUGCUUAUCUGGCAGCAAAGGUCGACUCCAACGUCGGCCUUCUCAAUGCGACGGGGAGCAAGGAUUGGGGGCGCCUCGGAGGCGGCGGGUUCAGUCUCGCACCAAAUGCCUUGUACUAUAAGGUCCUCCUCAAUGGCGCGGAGAUUGCGUCGGCUCUUGGCAACACCGAGACGGCAGACAACUGGCUCGCUGAUGCCGCAGGCCUGAAGGCAGCGCUCAACGCAGAGCUUUGGGAUGAGGAGGCGGGUCUGUACUUCGACAACACGACGACGACGCUGCACCCGCAAGACGGGAAUUCGCUCGUCGCUUGGUUCAAUGCGACAUCGUCUGACGAACGCAAGACGCGCGUGAGCGAGGGAUUGACGGGUAACUGGGUUGAAGUGGGCGCGGUAGCGCCAGAGCUUCCGGACAAUGUCGCGCCUUUUGCAGGGAGUAUGGAGGUACACGCGCACUUUGCGGCAGGCGAGCCCGAGCGCGCACUCGACUUCAUACGUUUGCAGUGGGGCUGGAUGCUGACCACCAACGUGAGCGUGCAGUCGACGCUCCUUGAGGGAUAUACGUCCAACGGCUCGCUUCUGUAUCGCUCCUACGCAGGCUACACGGACGAUCCAUCGUAUAUAUCGCAUUCGCAUGGAUGGAGUGCAGGCCCAACUCCCGCCCUCACAUCGUACCUUCUCGGCCUCACGUUGAUGGAGCCGGGCGGCAGUGGUUUCCGCGUGCAGCCACAGACGGCCGGCCUCCCCGCCGCCGAAGGCGGAUUCGAGACGCCCUUGGGUUGGUUUGGGGUGAGUUGGUCAAACGACGACGCGGGCGGGCGGUUCCAUCUCAACGUGACUGCGCCGGAAGGGACAACUGGUGUUGUCGUCCUACCGUUCACCGGUGUUGUCUCGGUAGACGGUAUGGAGGUUGGGAGCGAAAGCUCCUUGACACUGAACGGUGGAACCCAUAGCAUUGGAGUAGAGAUACAGAAAUAAACCCUUUCAAU